AGCUGCAUCACUCCCGGCCCGAGGCCACGCCCCCGGAAGCAGCGCCCGGGUUCCGAAAGCGCGCGCGGAACGCGGGUUGGAAGAGCAGGGAUCCGAGAGCCGGGGAGCAGAGCCCAGGUCUGGGGCUCUCCAGGGGACCAUGGGCACUUCCAGGCUCUACACCUUGGUGCUGGUGCUGCAGCCUCAGCGAGUGCUCUUGGGCAUGAAGAAGAGAGGCUUCGGGGUCGGCCGCUGGAAUGGCUUCGGGGGCAAAGUUCAAGACGGAGAGACCAUCGAGGACGGGGCCAAAAGGGAGCUACAGGAGGAGAGUGGUCUGACUGUGAACACGCUUCACAAGGUGGGCCACAUCGUGUUUGAGUUCGUGGGUGAGCCUGAGCUGAUGGACGUGCACAUUUUCUGCACAGAGAGUGUCCAGGGGACGCCCAUGGAGAGCGACGAAAUGCGCCCUCAGUGGUUCCAGCUAGACCAGAUCCCCUUUGCGGACAUGUGGCCCGAUGACAGCUACUGGUUUCCCCUUCUGCUUCAGAAGAAGAAAUUCCAGGGGUACUUCAAGUUCCAGGGUCCCAACACCAUCCUGGACUACACGCUCCGCGAGGUGGACAAGCUGUAAAGGAAGGAGAACCCUGGCCCCUGCGGGCUACAGGACCCUCAUCACCUGCUCAGAGCCCCAAGACAGGGGUGGGGUGAGGUGGGUGGAGGCGAAAAUAAAGACCCUUUGCCUUUUCCACA